GUUAGGUCCCUCUUACAACUGUAGGACAGAGGUUUACACUGCUUGCUCGUUAUUGACAGCUAUUAAAUGCAAGUUGUUCGCUGGAGUUACAUAAAUAACGCCGCUAUUAUGCGUUUCUUAGCAGCUAUUUUGAUAUUAAGCCUCAGUAUUACAGCUUUUGGAUCUGGCAUUCGACCUGUGGCAACCGGACGAACAGCGCACAGAGCAUUGUCUAGGCCGUCCGGGACCCGCCUUGCAGCAAACAAAUGCGUCUUCGUACUUGCAACGGCGCACUCGGGAUCGAACGCUCUCAUGGACGCUCUGAAUCAGAUUCCUAACUACCUCAUCCGCGGCGAGAACUGGGCUGCUCACCUAAACCUCUUUCAUGCAUACCAGAGGCUAAGCACAUUGCCCAGGGCACCAGGCCAAUCCUACAUCAACUGGGCUGAGCACCGACAUGCAUCAUUUCAGACAGUUAAAAGCCUGUAUGAGGGCCAGGCAUCAAGCCGGAAUCUACCAUUCUUUACUGAGUUCCAGAUCGACCGGGUUAUCAUUGCCACACGGCUGUACUACAACGUCUUGUACGGACGUUACGGUGACGGGGUUGUUUCUGGUUUCAAGGAAAUCAGGUACGUAUGUGGAAUAAGCCUCGACUCCAACAAAUGCGAAGAGCACUUCUCCCAAUUCCUGGCCUUCUUGCGGAGACUCUGCAUCCACGUCAAGGUCCUGCUGCUGACCAGGUCUUUGCAUACCUACUACGCUAACCCAGGCAUCUUCGAGGGUCUAGCUGAGAGCCUAAGGCAGAAAACUGAAAAGGACCUAGAGAAGACCCAUGAGGUGUACGACGCCUUUGUGGAACGCUACCCGGAAGUCGUGUUUCGUGUCCACACUGAAGACAUGUUUGAC